AAUUCAAUGGCUGAAUCCAUCUCCCAAGUCACCGGAGGGUACAAAGAAUCCUAUUUGUUUAGUAAAUUUUUUGUAUUGUGUGGUCCUUGAGCAAUGAAAAGAGUGAAUAGUAUUCCAGAAAACAAAAGAUUACCCUGUUCGCUUUUAACCUCCAUCCACCCUUCUGUUACUUGUUACUUGCAGAAGAAGCAUCACUCUCUUAAAUUGUGGAAGAGCACUGUCAUACACUUCAUUGCUAACAAUAAAACUAAAUGCCUUCUACAAUGCUCAAAUGUCUCUCCUUCAACUCAUCACCUUCUUCCUCAACCGUCCAAAACCCUUCCCAAGAUGGCACACCCAACAUCUCCGACGCGUAUUACCGCGCCGUGCACACCACGUCUUUUUCCGAGAUUCGCUCCAACGUCCAGGCCCAUGUCCACCACCUCAACCCCACACGCGAGCGCGUCCAGCAAGCCCUAGCUCUCUCCAACCCCGAGAGCCUCACGCGCCUCUUCUCCGCGUUCUUUGACCACACCGAAGCUGCCUCUGACCUCUGCCUCAACCUCCACCACUGCGUCCUUCGCGCGCGUGCCCUCCACGCGCCGCUUCUCGACCUCUUCCGAACCCUCGACCCUUCCCACCCCUCCCAAAACGACUGCGUUCGCGCCCUCGACCUCUUCCACCCCUUCCACACGCUCCCAAACCCCAUCCCCGACUCCCACACCUUCUCCGCUAUCCGCACCGACCUCUCCGCCCUUAAAACCACCCUCGACCGCCGCGCCGCCAGAUCGCUCAGGAGUCUCCGCCUUUCCCGCCGCCUCCUCCGCGGCUCAGCCGUCUGCCUCGUUGUGGUCGCAGCUGCCGUGAUUGUCGCUACCGUCGCCGCCACGGUGCAUGCUGUGGUUGCAAUUGCUGGAAGUGGUGCCGGUUUCGCUCUGCCGGUUUGUGCCUCUGAGAAGAGGGAACUUGCGAGACUGAGGCAGCUUCAUGCUGCUGCCAAAUGUGCUUACGUGUUGAGCAACGAUCUCGGGACGAUCGACGCCCUGGUGUCGCGGCUGCGCGCGGCGGUGGAGGGGGACAAAGUUUUGGUGAGCCUUGGGUUGGAGAGAGGGAAUGAGAGGUACCUUGUGCAGGAAGUUAUCAAGCAGCUCUGGAAGAGUCACCAGGGGUUUUUGCACCAGGUCGAGGAUCUUGAGGAGCAUAUUUUCCUCUGCUUUUAUAACAUUAACAAGGCAAGGCUUUUGGUUCAUCAAGAGAUAUGCUCUGAUUCAACUUCAUAGUUCUAAUUCCUAACCAAUUCAUCAACCCUUUAAAUUGUGAUUCUCAUUC